GCCAAUCACGCGCUUUGACGUCACAACAGUAGCGCUGAUUUAUAAAUCAUGUGCGCUAAACUCAGCGAACGAUAGUCAGGGAGGUUUUAACUCGUCCAUGUGGUUUGAAGUUUUCACCUCGGCUCUUGUGACUUUUCUUUCUUUUUACACGGUUCUGUAAAACAACAACUAGCUGCUCUUGUUCUGCCGGUGAAAACAACGUUUAGCGAAAUGUUCUGAGCGAUUUUGCCUUUAAACAUUAAAAAGAUUUCCUGAACAUCAUGACUCGCUGACAUCGAGCAGGGUUCACGUGCGGCUCAGACGACGCCAUGCCGCUGCCGAACGGAUGCUCCAUCAACGCCGAGUCCUGCGAGCGGGACGAGGACGCCAAGGCUCUGAUCGGGAGCGAGCGAGCCCCCCCUCAGUGCUGCUCGACGCGCCUCAACCUGGCCGUCCUCAUGUUCCUGGGCUUCACGGUGGUCUACGGGCUGCGGGUCAACCUGAGCGUGGCCAUGGUGGCCAUGGUGAACACCACGGAGCUGUCGGUGGACGGGAACACGUCGGCGGCCCCCGCCUGCCCGCUGCCGCCCGACUCGGGGAACAGCAGCGAGGCCCCGCAGCAGCCGGAGGGGGUAAACAUCAGACACUCUGAAGGUGUAGUUUGGGCUCUCCGCCUCCUGACCCCUCCCCUUCCCUCUCUGCAGACCCCCCAGUACCUGUGGGACUCGGAGACCCAGGGCUGGCUCUUGGGGGCGUUCUUCUUCGGCUACCUGUGCACGCAGAUCCCUGGGGGGUACCUGGCCGGUCACUACGGGGGCAGCAGGUUCCUGGGUGUGGGUGUGCUGGGCACGGCGGUCCUCACCCUCCUCACCCCCCUGGCGGCGGGGUGGGGGUCCAGCUGGCUGUUUGCUCUGAGGGCCCUGGAGGGGUUCGGGGAGGGCGUGACGUACCCGGCCAUGAUGGCCAUGUGGGCUCGCUGGGCGCCCCCCCUGGAGCGGUCCCGCCUCAUGACCCUGUCGGGGUCCGGAGGCAGCUUCGGGGCCUUCGUGGCCCUGCCGCUGACGGGCCUCAUCAGUGAGAAGCUGGGCUGGCCCGCUGUGUUCUACCUGUGCGGGGGCGCCGGCUGCCUCUGGGCCGUCUUCUGGUUCAGCUUCGUGUCGGACGAUCCACGCACUCAUCGACGAAUCAGCAAAGAGGAGAGAGAUUACAUCAUCAACUCCAUCGGGCCUCAGGGAACGGGUCACGGCUGGUCAGUACCGCUGCUCUCCAUGGUUCUGUCGGGGCCUCUGUGGGCCAUCAUCAUCACCCAGAUGUGCUCCAACUGGACCUUCUACACCCUGCUCACCUCCCUGCCCACAUACAUGAACCACGUGCUGCACUUCGACCUGCAGUCGAACGGCUUCCUGUCGGCGCUGCCGUACCUCGGGAACCUGCUGAUGGCGCUGCUGUCGGGCGUCGCUGCCGACUACCUGAUGGAGAGGAAGGUGUUCAGCACCACCACCGUACGGAAACUCUUCACCUUCAUCGGCCUGCUGCUGCCGGCGGUGUUCCUCGUUCCCGUCAGCUACGUCGGCUGCGGCCACGUCCUCAUCGUCACCUUCCUCACCCUCUGCAACAGUUUAGUCGGGACCAGCUCCGCCGGAGUCUUCAUCAACCAGAUAGACAUCGCCCCUCGGUACGCAGGAUUCCUGCUGGGAAUCACCAACACGUUCGGGACGAUCCCCGGGAUCAUGGCUCCCAUCGUGACGGGAUAUUUUACCGAAGACCGCUCGCUGCAGGGCUGGAGGAAAGUGUUCUGGGUGGCCGCGGGGAUCAACGUGGGCGGCGCCAUCUUCUACACCGUGUUCGGCAGCGGGAGGAUCCAGCCCUGGGCCGACACCGAGACUGAGGAGGAGGAACCGGAACAACCAGGGAGGACGGGCGCACGGUAAAACCUGUGACUGAAGCAGGAGCGACGGUUCUGUCUGAACAUGAUGAAGCUACAGUUUGUAACAGGAAGUCAGAGGAGCAGCAACGGUCCGACCCGUUGAUCCAGACCAGAUUAAAGGAUUAUAGGAACCAUUGGAUCGUUGGAAUGAAAACAUUAAGACUGAUCAGGACUUUUGCACAUUUCUAUAAACAAUAUCUGUUUAAUUCUCACUGAAGAUAGAUCAGAUUUUAUUCUUCUAAUCUGUUUAUUUCUGACUCAGUUUAUUGUCAAACUGUUACAUGGUAAGAACAUGUAGUUAUAAAUAAUAAUAAUAAUAAUAAUAAUAAUAAUUAUCAGAUUAUUGGGAUUAUCCAUCCAUCCAUCCAUC